GGAGAAGAGGUUAUCCAUAAACCUAAGACAGCAGGAAGGCCAAGGGUUGUUGACUGUUGGUGAUCGAAGAUGCAAAGCUCUAACGUAUUGCUUUUCAAAUGAUCCAUAAUCAUGCCAUACUACAAAGAAACAAUCAAGAAAAUGCUCCCUAAGACAUAUCUUCGCAAAUAUGUGGCCCAUGAAAUAUAUAUGGCACUGACUCACUUCAAAACUCUUCAACCCAUGAUGGAUAAAUAUGUUUACAAUGACGGAACCACAAAGGUCUUGAUGCGUCUAAGCGGAACUAUUCCUGUCAUGUUUAAAGACCGGAGCUACAACAUCCCUAUAUGCCUGUGGGUUGAGGAUAGCUACCCCCAGACUGCCCCCAUCUGCUACGUCAGACCUACGCCUGACAUGUGGAUAGUAACAGGAAAGUUUAUCUCCAGCGAUGGUGAAGUCAAGCUGCCGUACCUGCAGGAGUGGAAACAGGGUGAGUGUGACCUAGUGAACCUACUGCAGGUGAUGGCUGCGACAUUUGGAGAAUUUCCUCCAUUAUGUAAGCAGUAUCCAGAGCUUCAACAAGCCUCUUGUUGGCAACAGUAUCACAGGCAAGCAGAAGUACUUUCAAUGGCAGACGGAAGUUUGUAUUUGUCUUUGGCCAGAGAAGAAGGUCAGCAAGAAAAUGAAACAAAUUGUUAGUCUUUUGUGGACUUUAACAAUUAUUUGUUCUCUGUAUUUGUUUGUGUUGCCUAUAACAAGUUUUAUCCUGUGCACAGUGUCAGAUGGUAUCCAUUUAAAUGUUU